AUGAGGCGGCUGCGGCGCCGGGCGAUCGCGGCUCUGCUGCUGCUGCUGCCGCUGCUCCCCGCGCCCGGUCUUGGGGCCCGGGAUCCUGUAGGAGCUCUGCGCUGGAGGGGCUCACCCCAGGUGGGGAUUGUAGAAGCCCCCGAGGUCACAGAGCCCAGCCGUCUGGUAGGGGAGAGCUCCGGGGGAGAGGUCCGAAAGCAGCAGCUGGAUACCAGGGUCCGCCAGGAGCCACCUGGGGGCCCGCCUGUCCAUCUGGCCCAGGUGAGUUUCGUCAUCCCAGCCUUCAACUCAAACUUCACUUUGGACCUGGAGCUGAACCAUCACCUCCUCUCCUCACAAUAUGUAGAGCGCCACUUCAGCAGGGAGGGGACAACCCAGCACAGUACUGGGGCUGGAGACCACUGCUACUACCAGGGGAAGCUCCGGGGCAGCCCGCACUCCUUUGCCGCCAUCUCCACCUGCCGGGGGCUGCAUGGGGUCUUCUCUGAUGGGAACCUGACUUACAUUGUGGAGCCCCAAGAGAUGGCUGGGCCUUGGGGAGCCCCCCAGGGACCCCUUCCCCACCUCAUUUACCGGACCCCUCUCCUCCCAGCCCCCCUCGGAUGCAGGGAACCAGGCUGCCUGUUUGUGGACCCCGCCCAUUCUGCUCCUCCAAACCGGCCGAGGCUGAGAAGGAAAAGGCAGGUCCGCAGGGGCCACCCCACUGUACACAGUGAGACCAAGUACGUGGAGCUGAUUGUAAUCAAUGACCACCAGCUGUUUGAGCAGAUGCGACAGUCUGUGGUCCUCACCAGCAACUUUGCCAAGUCGGUGGUGAACCUGGCAGAUGUGAUAUACAAGGAGCAGCUCAACACCCGCAUUGUGCUGGUUGCCAUGGAAACAUGGGCAGAUGGGGACAAGAUCCAGGUGCAGGAUGACCUCCUGGAAACCCUGGCCCGGCUCAUGGUCUACCGGCGGGAGGGUUUGCCUGAGCCCAGUGAUGCCACCCACCUCUUCUCGGGCAGGACCUUCCAGAGCACCAGCAGUGGUGCAGCCUACGUGGGGGGCAUCUGCUCCCUGUCCAGGGGUGGGGGUGUCAACGAGUAUGGCAACAUGGGGGCCAUGGCAGUGACCCUGGCCCAGACGCUGGGGCAGAACCUGGGCAUGAUGUGGAACAAACACAGGAGCUCAGCAGGGGACUGCAAGUGUCCAGACAUCUGGCUGGGUUGCAUCAUGGAGGAUACUGGGUUCUACCUGCCCCGCAAGUUCUCGCGCUGCAGCAUCGAUGAGUACAACCAGUUUUUGCAGGAGGGCGGUGGGAGCUGCCUCUUCAACAAGCCCCUCAAGCUUCUGGACCCCCCCGAGUGCGGAAACGGCUUCGUGGAGGCGGGGGAGGAAUGUGACUGCGGCUCGGUGCAGGAAUGCAGCCGAGCGGGUGGCAACUGCUGCAAGAAGUGCACUCUGACUCACGAUGCUAUGUGCAGCGACGGGCUCUGCUGUCGCCGCUGCAAGUACGAGCCACGAGGUGUCUCCUGCCGAGAGGCGGUGAACGAAUGCGACAUCGCGGAGACCUGCACUGGAGACUCAAGCCAGUGUCCCCCUAACUUGCACAAGCUGGAUGGUUACUACUGUGAUCAUGAGCAGGGUCGCUGCUAUGGAGGUCGCUGCAAAACUCGGGACCGACAGUGCCAGGCCCUUUGGGGCCAUGUGGCUGCUGAUCGAUUCUGCUAUGAGAAGCUGAAUGUGGAGGGGACAGAGCGUGGGAACUGUGGGCGCAAGGGGUCAGGCUGGGUCCAGUGCAAUAAGCAGGAUGUGCUCUGUGGCUUCCUCCUCUGUGUCAACAUCUCUGGAGCACCUCGGCUAGGGGACCUAGGGGGAGACAUCAGCAGUGUUACCUUCUACCACCAGGGCAAGGAGCUGGACUGCAGGGGAGGCCAUGUGCAGCUGGCUGAUGGCUCAGACCUGAGCUAUGUGGAGGAUGGCACGGCCUGUGGGCCCAACAUGCUGUGCCUGGACCACCGCUGCCUGCCAGCCUCUGCCUUCAACUUCAGCACCUGCCCAGGCAGUGGGGAACGCCGGAUCUGCUCCCACCACGGGGUCUGUAGCAAUGAAGGGAAGUGCAUCUGUCAGCCUGACUGGACAGGCAAAGACUGCAGCAUCCACAACCCCCUGCCCACAUCCCCACCCACCGGGGAGACAGAGCGAUAUAAAGGUCCCAGCGGUACCAACAUCAUCAUUGGCUCCAUCGCCGGGGCUGUCCUGGUUGCAGCCAUCGUCCUGGGCGGCACGGGCUGGGGAUUUAAAAACAUCCGCAGAGGAAGGUCCGGAGGGGCCUAAGCGCCACCCCCCUCCCUCCGAGCCUGGCACCCACCGUCUCGGCCCUGAACCACGAGGCUGCCCCCACCCAGCCACAGAGGGAGGCACCGUGCAAAUGUCUUCCAGGUCCAACCCUUCAACUCCUGGCUGCACAGGGGUUUGGAGGGGGGGCUGUGGCCCUGCCCUUCGAACCACCAGGGUGGCCCAGGCCUGGAGGGCAUUUCCUUCACGGUCCCACCCCAYCUCAUGCGGCUUUGGCCUUGCACACCAACUCUCCCUGUGAAUGUAGCUUCCAUCAUCACAGUUUGCCACAGCUCAAGUGGGGGGGCCUGGAGUGGUGCCCCAAUGGGGGCAGGCAGCCACCAGCAGACACGGCCUGGGAUGGCCCCUCUUCAGAACUAGACAGCUGGUACCAGGGACUCAGCUCUCUAGGACCUAGCGGGAAGGGGCUGACAUCUACUUUUUAUUUUUAAUUGAAUCUUAACUAAUGAAUGUAACCUUGGGGGUGCUGGGGCCAGGGCAGCUCUAGGGAUAUUUUGACAUUUACCAGAGGGCCUGGAGGAACUGAGGUACGGUCAUCUCAGGGAGACCCUCCCCUGGGAUGCUCCCACCUGGAAUCCUGUCACUGCACCCAGUGGCUGGACGUCCCGCUUGCCCCGCCCCCAACCCCAGCCUUGAGGAGCUCAGAAGUAUGUGUGCUGAUCUCAAACCAAAGCUGCCUGUCCCGUGCCCAAGGCUAGGUUGUGGGUACGGUGACCACAUGUCCCAGAUUGUCUUCAAUUCCAAAACAACAAUCUGGUUCCUGCCUGGACACAUGUAUUGUGGGGCAGGGGACCAGAAAAUACAGUCCCUGAAAUAAAAUGGCACCUUCCCCUUUU